CUCCCACUUCAAUCCUCCUCAAUCUCCUCAAUCCUCAUCACCUUCUCAAUUCCUCCAUCCCAACCUUCACUCACCAUGUCCACUACACCCCCCUACACCCCCAUAACCCUAACCACCAAACCCACCGCCCAGCUGAUCUACAGCUACCAUCCCCCGUCCCCUCCCACCGCCACCUCCACCUCCACUCCAACCCUAAUAACAUUCAUCAACGGCCUCGGCCUCCCCCAAAACUCCUGGACGCCCCUCAUCACCGAGCUUCAAUCCCACCCACCAGCUACCGGCCUCCCCGCCCUCCUCACCUACGACCGCUACGCCCAAGGCCUGUCCACGGACCGCGACCCCACCGACCUCACCACCGAAUCCCACUCCCACGACUGUCUCUCCGUGGUACACGACCUUUACCAACUCCUCACCCAAAUCGUCUCUCAACACCUCCAUACUUCGCUGAGCGAAGUACAAUUAAUCCUGGUCUCGAAUUCCAUCGGGGGCGCUAUAUCCCGUCUUUUCGCUCAACACUACCCCGGAUUGGUGGCUGGGAUGAUGUUCCUGGAUAGUGUAUUAGCGGGGUCGGAUUUCGUGGGGAUUUAUCCGGAUCCGGAUCUUCCGGGCUUCAGGGCCGAGGAUCUACCCGGGGGAGUGACAGUGACCGCACUCCGACAUACGAGAGCAUUCAUGAGGAAGGUCUUCCAUCCUGAAACGGGCAUCAUGGGGCAAGCAGAGGGAUUCAGUCGAAGGAAUUUACCCACUCUAUUACCCCACCGCGACAGUCCGAAGGUAGUUGGGCCUCGGGGCAAAGGACCGUGGGUCACGGUCAUCGGGCAUGACUUUGAGAAAUUUGAAGAGGAGUUUGAGGGGAUGGGUGGUGGGGAGAGGGUGUUGACAAGGGAGUAUCUCAAUCCGUAUUGGGAGGGGUAUAAUAGGGGGUUGGUGAGGAUUACGGAGGUGGGGAGGGGGAGGGGACCGAUUAGGGCGCCGGGGGCGGGACAUUUUGUGCAGAGGGAUAAUCCGGAUUUCGUGGCGGGGGAGGUGAGGGGGUUGGUGGAGAGGGUUGUUUUGGAUGGUAUGGAGUGA